AUGAAGUCAACUACUCAAUUGGCUGCUGAAGCCAGAGAUUAUAAAUUCAAUCCUGCAAUUCCAUUAAGGAUAUAUUUAAAGACAUGUGUGAACAUUCUUAAUAAAGCACAAACGGCAUUCCAAUCUCGAGAUCUUUCAUUAGCAUAUACAUUUUAUUUCAGAUAUGUUGAUUUAUGUACCAAUAAAUUAUCAAAACAUCCUGAAUUUAUCAUAUCGUCUAAUGGGAAUUCCGAAUCGAUGGAAUUAUCACUUUAUAGACAAGAAUAUUUACAAUUAAUAAAAUUAGAAGUCCCUGCUGUCUUAAGGAUAAUAGAAGACUUACAACGACAAAUUGAUCUACAAUAUAAUCAACACCAAUUAUCGUUGGCCAAAAAUAUUGCUAAACCAAUGCAUCAUCAUCAUCAUCAGAUAAGAAGGAAUUCAAUAGAAGGCGGUGAAGAAUGUACAGCUAGACAGAGGCAAUUACUGCCGCCAACAUUCAAUGAAAGUCGUUUCAAUCAAUCAAUUUCUUUUCUCAGGGAAACUUCAUUAUCAUUAAAUAAGAAUAAAUCACAAAAUCAUAAUACACUCGAGGAAGAUAGAGACGGGAAACCAAUUCUUCACUAUCCAGAAUUACCUCAAUUGAGUUUCCCAACAUUUUAA